GCAGAGCCGGCGAAAUGGCGACGUGGCUACAGUCAAAAUGGCGCUACCUGUUCAUGUUCCUGGGUGUCCAGCUGGUCGUCAUGGCACUGCUGUCCCGUGAGGGCUACCACAAGCGAGUGUCGUAUUUCAUCAGGAUUUUCCGCAAGCUGGAGACUACUGCGACGGGGACGUCCGGUGCCGGCUCGCCCCACGCACGCAAUCAUACGGGCAGUGACGUCUAUGCCAACUUGUCCCUCCUGGCCAAGGCCCACGGCCGGGGCGAGGACAUGCCCUACUGCCCCAAGACGUCUCCCUUGAUAGGUGGACCGAUCCACGUCAGCUUUCCUUCCGGGUUGACACUGGCCCAAGUUGCGCGGAAGAAUCCAUUGGUGGUCCUCGGGGGGCGCUACAGGCCGCCUGACUGUGAGGCGCGGCACCGCACUGCCAUAAUCAUUCCCCACAGAAACCGGGAGCACCACCUGAAGUUCCUCCUCUACUACCUUCACCCAUUUCUACAGCGACAGCAGCUCAACUACGGCAUCUACAUCAUCCACCAGGCUGGUAACUACACGUUUAACCGGGCCAAGCUGAUGAACGUUGGGUUCCGGGAGGCCAUGCGGGAGGAGGACUGGGACUGCCUGUUCUUCCAUGAUGUGGACCUCAUCCCUGAGGAUGACCGCAACACCUACAUGUGCGACGCCAACCCGAAGCACGCCGCCAUCGCCAUGGACAAGUUUGGAUACAAGCUGCCUUACAAGAUGUAUUUCGGAGGGGUGUCCGCGUUGUCUCCACUGCACUACCUGAAGAUGAACGGCUUCCCCAACAACUACUGGGGCUGGGGAGGAGAGGACGAUGACAUUGGAGUCAGAGUAUCCCUAGGAGGGAUGUUCAUCUCUCGUCCAUCGGUGAAGGUGGGCCGAUACAAGAUGAUCAAACACAAGCUGGACAAGGGAAACGAUGUGAACCCCAGGAGGUUCAACAUGCUGGCCAAGACACGUCAGACGUGGAAGCUGGACGGCAUGAACACUGUGGAGUACGAGGUGCUGUCACGUGACCACUUCCCCCUCUACACCAACAUCACUGUGCACAUCGGCACCGAGGCCGGCCUGCAUGCCAUGGCGCCGUCCCCCAAGAUCCUUGCCAAAGCCCCAGAAAAGCCGCCAGUCGAAACCCCCACCAAACCUCCAGCCAAGCUCCAACAGGAACAACAACAGAACCAACCCACGAACCACUGACUUGGACCACCUUUACCCACUCCACUCCCAUCCACCACCGACUCUUCCCUCCUAACUUAUACCUGGGAGCAGGGAUGUGAGAGGGGGCCCUGGACCCUUAAAUCGCUCCUUUCUUUGCCUUCACACCUCCUAUCAACGCCUACAGUGGGGAGAGGUGGGUGGCUCCCCCUAUUGGACUAAAGGCCAUUAUACACACAUGCCUUUUCCUUCUGUUCCUUCCUCUGGUCUGAUCAGCAUUCUCAACUGAGACUUUAACAAUAGCAGAGACUGAACUGAAGACCAAUGCUCUCCACUGCCUAGAUAGAAUCUGUGGGCCGAGGCUUUUUCUGCCUAUAUGAAUUACUGUCGCAUUCUCCACUCUAGUUGUGAUUCUCGAGCUUGUCCAGCUAUGUCUCACCACUCCACUGACUGACUCUGUGAAAGGGACUUAUGGUAGAGGAGAGGAAAAAGACUGACUCUAUGAGUUUAUAUCGCUGCCAAAAAAACCUGUUGCCUUAGAAAAACCUGUCUUGUUCUAUUUGUCCUUUUAGUAGGACUUCAGGUCGAGAGUUAUGAAUGGAACCGGUUUCUAGUGAUAGCAAGAUUAGGGGAUAGAAUAAAUAAAUGAAAAACCAUUUUAUGCUACUGAUAUUGCAAUAGCAUAUGGGUCUUUCUGCUGAGUAGGAUAACUUGAUUUCACCCAAUUUUUAACAUUCUGCCAUAAAGAGCACAUGUUCAAAACACGGUUUCCCAUCUUGAGGUCAAAUUAAAGAAAUGACCAUGGUAGGUGCCAAAUAAAGUAACAGAGUUGACCGUAACCGGGUUAAGUCAGCCAUAAAUCCCCCAUCCGAGGGAAUGGAAGCUUGUUGUGUGCAACAGGGAGGGGCAAUUGAAUGCAAAUUCAAUUGUUCAAACAUUUCUACCCUGUUUAUUUAUGGGUGAAAGGGUAGACGUGUUAUGUUCGACCUGCUCUGUUUUCCAUCAAAAAACACCAGACAAUGGCCAGAAAGAGUAGAACCAGCUCACCUGCUUGUACACUAUGAUUUGACUAUUAGAUGUUCAAUCUUUCUUUUUAAAUAAAUAUUUCAAGAGGAAUUUCACCAUAUUUAAAACGAGAGUUCAGUUCACUUUUUUUUCUUUAAAAUGAAUCACUAAUCACAUUAAGUCAUUAACUCUUCAGAAAUUACAAAAUAACUAGGGUUUUCAAAUAAUGGUCAGGUCAAGUGGGUUAAAUUCUUCCUAGAAGUCACAGGAUGCUUAGAGGGAUAUGUCAAAAUGCUGAAUUUUGGCAUUUUAAAAAGUCUGUAUUAAAUCAGAUUUAUUACAUUUUCCUUGUGGUCAGUAUUAAAGGACACUUCAUUUAAUAGAACAGGGUUUUAAUAUUUAAUUUCUACUUAAUAUAGCAAAGGGACACAAAAGGCACUAAUUUCAGAACGACCCAUAUGUAACUGGUUUUACAGUUUAAUAUUAUACGAAGUGAAGCUGCUACCCUGAAUAUUGACAGGGGUAAGUGCUGUUUGCAAUUAGCGUGGUAGUCACUCCCUGGGCCCGUCUUCAUAAAGCAUCUGAGUAGGAGUGCUGAUCUAGGAUCAGGUCUUCUGUGUUCAUAUCAAAUUCAUUAUGAAAAAGGCAACAAUGAUCCUAUAUCAGAACACCUAGUCUGAGGCACAUGCACAAUACAGGCCCUGAAUAUCAGGCUGAUUAUUGAAGGAUUUUCUCACAGUAUGUUCACAGUUCUGGCACAUCUUUUUGGUAUGGUUGGGUUUCAUCUUAUCACUACAAUCAGAAUGUCUUUUCUCCAGUUAUCUCCUUCAAUCUCUAGAUUGCAUUGACGUGGGGUUGCAUUUUGCCUUGUCAAAUAGAAUAGGUGCGGGUGACAUGAUCAAUGCACUGCCUUCAGGUGGGCUGGCUAUAUUCACAUCAGAAUGGUGGUUUGUCAUGGUCUUUUAUCUUAUUGUUUGUUACCUUAUGGAGCUUUUGUGUUGGUUUCCUAUGAUUUGUCAAUGUAGCUUAAAACUGAGGGAUUCAAGUCCUAGUGGGCUCUCCUUAGAGACUUGGGAUCCAUCUCCAUACUCUAAAUUGGCUGAAUGGUUUGAAAACCAGGAGAGCUGAAAACCAGGAACUUUGUCCAUGGAUGACCAGAAACCACUAUAAUUAAUUAGGUCUAUAAACGGAAUCAGGCACUGGUAAGUGAUGUGGAAACAAGUGGUUGUAGUACACUCAUUGGUUGUACUGAAGCACUGAUUUAAAGAUUGAUAUAGGUAUACUGGGUUAGCAUUUACAGCAUUUCUCCACUAGCCAUUCUUUCAACAUAUUACUUUUUUUAUUUUGUGCUAUCUAAAAUCUGUCACCCCUAGAAUUCCCCAGUGCAAUGUACUCCUCACUGCAUGGCUUGUCCCCUGACUUUCCUCUUUGCAUGCUGUCUGGACCCCCUGACCAAUAUGAUUGUUUACACUAGAUCCCUACUAGGAAUUGAACCUCUGUGUGUACAUUACAUAGAGGACUCUGGCCUCUUGGCUGAAACCAAAGAUGGCUUCGAGAGAAAGCAUUGGACACCUGAUAGUUGUGCUGGCGGUUGCAUGCUGACAUGGGAAUAGAUAGGAUUCCACUUACUCCAGGUAUGCUGAGGUUUUUGUGUAUGUUCUACUAUCUGAUCUAUGAAUCUCUUGACCUUUUCUACUCCAUAUGAAGCCUGAUUAUGCAUGACACACAGACCCUGUAUUAGAUGAGUGGAAUGUACAGAAAACCACACACAGACCACUGACAUGAAUUCACAUUUGAGUUUUUAGAAGCAUGCUGAAGUGUAUGCUUGUGUGAUUCGUAAGACGUAUGCUAUAUGUACCUUUUAACACUUCAUGUAGUGGUUUAUUAUAUAUCAUGCUAUUGCAUUAUCAUGUCUAUUUGUGCUCUGCAGUUUGUUUCAGUUGAUGUAUAGCUUGACUUUCACUCCAUUAUGAUGUGGAUACGCUGUCCAGGGUGACGGCGCCAGAAGAUGGAGCUCACCGCAGGGCAUUGAAAAUGUAACAAGGACAAUGUGAUACUGUAUUUCUGAUUUUUAAUUCCUCUAUCAAUGAAGUCUGCACAGUCCAGAGUGGCCUUAUACAAUGAUUAAUAAACAAAAAGAUUAGUCAAA